UCCCUUUCAAAAUGGAUGCGCCCAUGAUCGACGAUUCCGAAGUAGUUCACAACCACAAAGAAAAAGAUGAUGAACGACAAGAAAGGGAACAUUUCGUCCGUAUAUUGAAUUCUUUUAAAGCGUAUAGAGUAUUUUCACUCAGCCGUAUUACAGACUCCCUGAGGCAUUAUGACGGGCUACCAAAUCACCACAAACAGCUUAUACCACACUUCCUAAAGCACAUGGAAACUGUUCAGUCAUGUGUGGAACAGAACAGCCGGAUAAUCAAGCUGAUCACCCAAGAUGCUGAGCACAUCUUCGAGAAUCAACAGAAUAUGUCGAAUGCUGGUGAGGAGGAGCCAGACUCCAAGUCCACGCUGCCACGCCUGUCUGACAUGGAGAAGGUGAAGUCCACACUAAAGCAGUUUGUGCGUGACUGGAGUGACCAGGGUCAGCACGAGCGGGCCGUGUGCUACGAUCCUGUCAUAGCCGAGGUGGUGAAGAGAUUUCCAGCAGACAACUGUGAAACAUCACAAGUAAAUAUACUAGUACCAGGAGCUGGUUUAGGUCGCCUGGCUUUCGAGUUUGCACGACGAGGCUACAGCUGUCAGGGAAAUGAAUUUAGCCUGUUCAUGCUAUUUUCAUCCAACUUUGUUCUUAACAAGUGCAAAGAGGUGAACUGUCACACCCUGUACCCCUGGGUCCAUCAGUGGACGAACAACGUGCGCAACGCAGACCAGACAGCGCCCAUCACGUUUCCUGACGUGGACACCUCAGAAAUCCCAGAGGAUGCAAGCUUCUCUAUGGCGGCCGGCGAUUUCCUCGAGGUGUACCAGGAUCCAGAGAUGUUUGACUGUGUAGCCACUGUGUUCUUCAUUGACACUGCUCACAACAUUAUUGCCUAUGUGGAGAAGAUCUACGAAAUCUUGAAGACUGGCGGGUACUGGGUAAACCUAGGGCCACUGUUGUACCACUAUGCUGAUAUGCCCAAUGAGGUGUCCAUAGAACUGGCCUGGGAGGAUGUGAGAAAUGUGAUAGAGAAGAUUGGAUUCGUAUUUGAGAUGGAAAAGUUGAACGUUAAGUCCACGUACACCCAGAACACGCAUUCCAUGCUCACCUACACUUACGACAGUGUCAUGUUUGUCUGCAGAAAACCAUCAUGAUGUGCACUCAGCAAGAAACAAGAAACCUCUGCGUUAAAUGUUAGGCCUUGCAAUUCUUUUUGUAAACCCUAAGCAGGUUUAUAUUUUUUUUGCUUGAAAUUUUGAAAGUUUGCAAUGAAUUUGCACUGUAAUGGUCAUCUUCAUAUGCACUUUCUUUGCAGCUUGUCUGCAUACAUUUGGCCGUAACUGUUCCAUUAAAAGGGGCCGUUUCACAGAUUUUGGCAGAUAUUGAAGUUUGUCAUUAAAUGCUUAUAUUGAUAAAUGUAAAAAUUGUAUUUAAAAAGCUUCAGUAAAAAACAAGAAUAAAAUUUAAAAAAAAAAAAAAUUAAAAAAAGGUGGUAACCCUAAACUGGGUUCGAACCACUGAUCCCUGGA